AUGACACCGCAUUCCAGCAAUCAAUCUCCCAGUGUAGGCCAGCCCACGCCUCCAGCUGGAUCUUCCACCACCAACGCCGCCACCACAACAACGGCCAUCGACUCAGACAGUGACAACUCUCCCGAAGAACGUCCAACGCAUACUUCCGAAAUCGGUACGCUUAAGAAGCUCGCCAACCAAGGCACAGCCUGGCUGGGCAGUUCCUCUGGUGUUUACUUUGUCAACACCGUCCGCCGAGCCUUCUCCGCCGCGUUUGCAUCUUCUCACCUCGACGGUCCAAAUGCGGUGCCGGCCAGUGAAGACAUUCUCACUGGCGAGGACGCCGAGGGACGUUCGUAUAAUGGUCCCAUCCACGAUGGACCAAGCACAACUGACCAGUUCCCCCAACUCCUGGCGUCCGCGCUCGGGAAACCGCCCCCGAAGAAGAUCGCCAUGGAACUGGUCAUGUCGUUCUUCACAGCCUGGCACCCCCUGUUUCCUUUCCUCCACGGUCCAACUUUCCUCAAGGACAUGGAGUCCAUAUACGCUCGCGAGGCACGAUCGUCCGCCGCCAUGAAAGAAAACCCAGGAACUGUCGAGCUUUCCAAACUGGUGACUUUUCAAUUGAUCAUCAAUGUAGCAUCUCUCGAUCGAACCGACAUUCACCUUCCAAUGGACUCGCGCAUCAAAACCACGGUGGAUGUCAGCCGGGUCGCCGCGUGUCUGGCGCUGUCGCACGAUCUAUCUACUAUCCAAGCAAUCCUUGCGGCGGAGCUCUAUCUUUGUGCGACGCUGGCUAUUCGACAAGCCAGUAGCGUCGCUGGUAUUAUGAUCAAACUGAUUUACCAUGCCGGUCUUCAUCGGUGUCCACUUCGCUACGCCCAGCUGUCUUCGGAAGAAUGCGAGAUUCGAAAGCGGAUUUUCUGGUCGGCUUAUGCUCUAGACCGUCACUGCAAUUUGAGUCUGGGCGAUCCGAACAUCAUCCAGGACGAUGACAUUGACGUCUGCCUGUACGGGCCAGAGCUGCACAAAGCCGUUCCCACCCGCGACAUGAUCACCAACCCGAACUGGGGAAUGCAUAUGCCUCCGCCGCCUGUCCCUUCAGAGGAUCCUCGACCUGCUGAGGCCGACGACAACGGACCGGAGGCGCGGGACAAGCGGCUGAGAGAAGCCGUAUUGGCAGCCUAUGUGCAAUGGGCCAAACUGACCGGUCAAAUCAUCGAAAUCUUCCACAAGAGCAUCAAUCACCGCUUCCCAAAGCACCAACAGAUCCUCCGGCUUACCAAUGACAUUGAGACCUGGUGGAACAAUCUGCCAGGAUUUUUGACUGGGGAGAGUGACAUUGCCGAUUUCCACCGUAAUGUUCAUGACUCGGCUGCAGGAGAGAUCCAGUCCGGCAAUGGCACCUCCAACAGCCCGCCAAUCGACACCGCAGUUCCGCCGCCUCCUCAACAAAACCUGGCCAGCUUCUUCAAGAUCCUCUAUCAUCGACUCCUGCUUUUGGUCAAUCGUCCACGCCUGUCGCUGGACCAGUCGACCCCGGAGUUCCAGCACGGACUACAGCUCUGCAUUCGAGCGUCCCGAGGGAUCGUCACCGGCUUAAAGGCCCACAGGGCGGCUGGUCAGUCAAUGUUUCUACCAGGUCUGCUGUCGGCAGUAUGGAUGUCGGGCCUCAUAAUAGCAUUUGCAUGCCAGCUAGGCAAGUACGCCAAGACUCGGGCUCUGAACGACAUGAAGUCGUGUCUCUCGUUGCUCGAGAGCAUGAACAUUCGAUGGUAUACCGUCCAAAAUUGUCAUAAGGUUUUGGGCUUGUUGCUGGCCAACAUUCAAUCAAGAAAAGCCAACAGCAGUGGCUUCCUAACAGUUCCCAAACCAGAGCAGCAGUCUCAGUCUCAGGCGCCGCAGGGCGGCACGACUAAUGAUUUUGACCAGCAGCAGCCCUCCAGAAAACGACGACGCACCACAGGGGGUGUGGAGGAUGUGAAUACUACUAGUCCUCGCAAAAGUUCUUUUUCUGGUUCGCCAAACCAACAUCAUCUGGGUGGCACAAUACCGCCACCAUCAUCAUCGUCAACGGCAGCCGGAGGAGCAGCAGCAGCAGCAGCCGCCGCAACAACUCUUUCUGCCGCCGCACCAACAUCGUCGUCUCAAGCCAGCAAACCCCCAACUCGCACCCGAUCCUCUAUGCUCUCACCGGCCGGAAUGCCGUCCUGGGUUUCUUUAUCUAGCAGCUAUGACCCGACACCUCCCCACCACCCGAAUUUCAUUCAUAGUAAUAAUACCAGUCGAAACAAUUCCGGGCCCGGCGGCGCGGCAGCAGCAAGCGAAUUUUCGCCAUCCACUUUCGACUUCUACGCCGACACUUCCGCCUGGGACCGUGGCCAGCAGUCUUCCGCCGCCAAUAAUGCCACGCAACUACACUUUGGCGCCCCUGCGCUCGGUAGUGCCGUGUAUGCGACGCCGCAGGAUCUGGCGUUUGCCCAAUCGACCAUGAAUAUGAAUAUGAAUAUGGCUCUUCCGGGAUUUUUGUCGAGUGGCCAGCAUAGCAAUAACAACAAUAUGAAUGCGACGUCUGGUAGUGGGAAUGGGAACAGUAACAACCAUAACAACAACGCUGGUGAUGGCACCGGUACUGGCAGUGGUAACAACAACGACUUGCAGGAUCAAUAUUCCGACCCGAUGUUCUGGGGAAAUAUGGAUUAUAAUGUCGCGGAUAUCUUUGGCUCGGCUACCUGGGAGAAUAUGACGGGCCCGUUUGCGCCGGGUGGUGCGGGUGUCAAUGGCGGAGGGUGGGAGUUUUAA